AAAAAACAUUCACUUACACACACUGGAGUAACUAGAGUGUAUUCAAAAAUCCACGAGCUCAAUAUCAACACGAAAGAGAAUUUAAGAAUUUUUGAGUUAAAAUUUUCGUGUAAAUUAUUUUUUUAAAUAACAAAAUAUUCAAAAUGAAGUGUCUAGUGGUACUGAGUGUCGUUGUUUGCUUAAUUAGUGCAAUUACAUGUGAGAAAUGCGAAAAACCAGAGGUUACUUCAUCGGCAUAUGUAACUGAAGAUGCAACUGUCCUCACAAAUGUUGCAUUUACGACACAAUUUACAUUAAAAUGCAGCAAUGGAGUCAAAGAUAUUUCUCUUUAUGCUGAAUGUGAAGGAAAAACUUUACCAGCUGUUCGUUUGAGUGCUGAUAAUAAAUAUCAGGUUUCUUGGACUGAAGAAAUAAAAAAAGUUCACUCAGGUAACUACGAAGUUAAACUUUACGACGAGGAAAGUUACGCCGCGAUCAGAAAAGCUCAUCGCAACAACGAGGACCCCUCGACUGUCAAGCCCUUGGCUGUUGUCAUUGUAAAGAAUCCUGGAGUAUAUCAAGGACCCUGGAUAAACUCAGAACUCUUGGCCGUAGCUCUCGCUGCUCUUGUUUCCUACGCAGCUUUUUCUUCAAAGGCAAAACUUCUCGCUUAGUUUUAAAAACUGUAUUUAGAUUUUAAUUUAAUUUUUUUUUAUUAUUAGAAUAUUUAAAUGUUUUAAUAAAUCAAUUACUUGAGAUUUAA